GGACAGAACUCGGACAUCCGCCAUUGUUUUGUGUAGGCCCAAUAAACUGAAAGAGAAGUGUAUCCACUAAUGACGAUCAUUUUUUAAGAAAAAUGGUUAAACAUUGCUCCUUUGGAACCUGUAAAUCAGACAGUAGGUAUCCAGAUAAACUUAAUGGAGCCAAAUUCAUACCAUUCCCCAAACCAAAGACAAACUUCCAGAAAUGUGUGCGAUGGAUUGCCUUAUGUCGCAGACCUCAAUAUCAGCUGAAUGUAAACAAAAUAACGAAAGAUACAUAUAUAUGUACUAAGCAUUUUUUCAAUAAUGAUGGACCAACAGCAGAGUAUCCAGACCCAUGUGAUGCGAAAACUGGAGAGUUGCAGAAGGCAAGGCAUCUACCAUCUUACCGAUCACCCAGUACAUAUAUCCAAAAUACAACCUGCAAUGGCAUACCUUCACUCAGCAAGUUUGAAGACAUGGAUAUGAACACAACAGAUGCUGGUGUAUGUUGUCAUGAAACUGGAUGUCAAACAAGUGAGCAAGUAUUUUCAUCAAUGGAUAUGCUGGCAAUGGCAGCAAGGAUACAUGAGUUGGAAAAAGAAAAUCAGGAACUACAUGAAGCCAUAGCAGCCUUGCCUUCUAAUAACCAUUGUAGCACCGCAACACAAACUGAAACACAUGUUGAACAUUUCAGUGUGGAGUCUGUGUCCAAUUCUAAAAUCAAGAAUCUGUUUGAGUACUACACAGGGAUGACGUAUUUGCGUUUUUUGAUGCUGAUUUCGUUUUUGUUCCCAAAGGGAACUCUUGCCGAUGUUAACCCUGUCACUUAUGAUGCCAGUAGAGAUGAGGUCAAGAGACUGCCUGUAGAUCAACAGGUGUUUAUGUUUCUGUGCAGAAUAAGAAGUGGACUUCAAUUGAAAGACUUGGCGUGUAGAUUUGAUUUGAAGAUUCAAAGCGUAUCAACCAUACUUAAAGGCAUCUCUAAGUAUAUGUAUUACCGACUCGGAUCACUAAGUUCCUGGCCACAUAGAAACAAAAUCAUGCAGGACAUGUUUUUUGUAUAUACAGAGGAAUUUCCAAAUGUUGUUAUGGUUAUUGAUUGUACAGAGAUAAAAAUACAAAGGCCAUCAUCACUAUUAUGCCAUACUCAGUGUUUCAGUGAACAUUCAUCAGCAACCACUUUGAAAUCUCUUGUAGUGUGUGACACAAGAGGUUCUGUCUUAUUUGUGUCAGACUUAUUCUGUAGCGCUGUUUCAGACAAUGAUGUCUGUAUCAAAAGCGGAUUUUUUCAGUAUUUAAAAAAUCUAAUGGAGCAAGGAUCUUUACAUCCUGGGGACUCUAUAAUGGCAGAUAGAGGGUUCAGAAUAGAGGACCAACUUGCUGAAAUGGGACUAAAGCUGAGUGUCUCUCCAUUUGCAUCUAGUGUUCAUUCCACGAGUGAAGCCAAUGGGACUUUGACGGGGAAGAUUCCUGCUCACAGGACACCUGUGGAGAGAGCAAUAAAUCAAAUCAAGCAUUUUAAAAUUUUCAGUAGAAAAAUCCCCGCCAAUCUGUUACAUAGUAUCAAUGAAUAUUGGGUGUGUGCUUCUCUUCUCACAAAUUUUCAAGAUACAGUGUUGAAAUAACAGUGUUUAAGGCCACAUCAAAUCGAUUCUCUGGUUCUCAGACGCCGCAACCCCCCCCCCCAAAAAAAAUCAGCCACUGACACAAGUUUAUUGCCGCCCCAGAAAAAAAUCGUCGCCGCACGUAUUUGAUCCAUCAAAAUAAAAUCCGUGUUUUGGCGCCAAAAUUGUAAAGCACCUUGCUGAAUAAGAUGUGCUGCUUAGUUGAUGUAAACAAUAUGGCGACAGAAACAGUUCUUGUCAGCAUUGAGAUUAUUUUUAACUCAAAACAGAUUGUUCCAUGGACAAUUAUACCGGUAGAUUCGUCCUUGACAGUUGAUACGCUUUGCAAGAAACUUCUGGGCGGUGAAUUUAAAGAAAUUGAAACCGUGAAGGAACAAAUUGAUGAAAGCAAGGCCGAGUUGAAGUACGACGUUUUCGUAGGUCGAAACAAAACGGCUGACAGCGAUAAGGUUUUUUCAACAGUGAAAAUUUACAGGAAGUAGUUUUUGGUAUAGUUGAAUAAAAUGAUAAAAAACAUGCUAUUUUGUAUUCACUACAAAAUAAAAGCAUGACAUGCAUAUAAAACAAGACAAGAAACAGAAUGAAAAGAAGCUAUACGGUGUUGAAUACCAUUUGUAAAACUCUUAACUUUCUUCACAACACAAAAAAAAAACCACGGACAAAAAAUCCCUACCCAUUUGUGAUGUGGAGAUAAACUGAAAAACUAAACCCCCUACCUACCUACCUAUCUACCCAUUUUUUGAAAAACGAUUGUCUUGAGAACCAGAAUAUCGAUUUGAUGUAGCCUAACCAUGCGUAGUUUUUAGCUCACCUGAACCAAAGGUUCAAGUGAGCUAUUCUGAUCACAUUUUGUCCGGCGUCCAUCUGUCUGUCUGUCUGUAAACUUUUCACAUUUUCGACUUCUUCUCCAGAACCACUGGGCCAAUUUCAACCUAACUUGGCCAAAAGCAUCCUUGGGUGAAGGGCUUUCAAGUUUGUUCAAAUGAAGGGCCAUGUCCCUUUCAAAGGGGAGAUAAUCACAAAAAUAGGGUGGGGUCAUUUAAAAAUCUUCUUCUCAAGAACCACAGGGCCAGAAGAGCUGAAAUUUACCUGAAAGCUUCCUGACAUAUUGCAGAUUCAAGUUUGUUCAAAUCAUGGCCCCCGGGGAUAAGAUGGGGCCCCAAGGGGUGGAUCAAAGUUUUACACACAAAUAUAUAGGGAAAAACUUUAAAAAUCUUCUUCUCAAGAACCACUGAGUCAGAAAAGCUGAUUUUUACAUGAAAACUUCCUGACAUAGUGCAGAUUCAAGUUUGUUCAAAUCAUGGCCCCCGGGGAUAGGAUGGGGCCCCAAGGGGGGAUCAAAGUUUUGCACACAAAUAUAUAGGGAAAAACUUUAAAAAUCUUCUUCUCAAGAACCACCAAGCCAGAAAAGCUUAGAUUUACAUGAAAGCUUCCUGACAUAAUGCAGAUUCAAGUUUGUUCAAAUCAUGGCCCCCGGGGGUUGGAUGGGGCCACAAUAGGGGAUCAAAGUUUUACAUACAAAUAUAUAGGAAAAAUCUUUAAAAAUCUUCUUCUCAAGAACCACUGAGCCAGAAAAGCUGAGAUUUACAUGAAAGCUUCCUGAUUUAAUGCAGAUUCAAGUUUGUUCAAAUCAUGGGCGCCUGGGGUUGGAUGGGGCCACAAUAGGGGAUCAAAGUUUUACAUACAAAUAUAUAGGAAAAAUCUUUAAAAAUCUUCUCAAGAACCACUAAGCCAGAAAAGCUGAUUUUUACAUGAAAACUUUCUGACAUAGUGCAGAUUCAAGUUUGUUCAAAUCAUGGCCCUCGGGGAUAAGAUGGGGCCCCAAGGGGUGGAUCAAAGUUUUACACACAAAUAUAUAGGGAAAAUCUUUAAAAAUCUUCUUCUCAAGAAUAGCAAAGCUGUGAUUAAUCGUAUUUAUAUGGAAGCAUCUUCAGGUAGUGUAAAUUCAAGUUUGUUCAAGUCAUGCCCCCAGGGGGUAGGGAGGGGCCACAAUAGGGGUUCAAAGUUUGACAUUGAAAUAUUUAAAAAAAUAUAUGUUCAAAAAUCUUCAUCUCAAGAAGAGCAUAGUAAUGAUUAGUCAUUUUAAUGUAAAAGCAUUAUCAGGUAGUGCAGAUUAAAAUUUGUGGAAUUCAUGGUCCCCUGGCGAAGGUUGGGGCCACAUAGAAGAUCGGUUUUUUUUUUAAUUUUUUUUUUUUUUUUUUUUACAUGGGAAUAUAUAAGGAGGAGUGUUUAAGAAAUUUUACAUGGGAAUAUAUAGGAACAAAUGUAGAUAAAUUUUCAAUUUUUUCUGCUCUUGUUAAUUUUGCAUCCAAAUAAAUCUAGUGAUAUAAUUUCAUUUUUGUCUUCAUUUAUAAAUUAAGAAGAAGAAAACUCGCCGUCGAUUCCUUUUGAACAACUUCGUGAAUAUCAUUAAUCUUGGCACCAAAAAUCUUUGACUGAAGGGCAUUCAAUUGUUAUAAUUACACACUUAAUGCACAUAUUUACAACGUGUAUGACCCCCUAUUGAUUUUCUGGUCACACCUGCCAUGUUGGGUUUAAAACAUAAACACUCUUUUCUCAGGUGAGCGAUGUGGCCCAUGGGCCUCUUGUUAACCAUAAUAGUGAAAAAACUGUUUAACCCUGGUUUUAUUGUAAUGUGUAUUUUGUGUUGAUAUAGAUUAUCCCAGCACACCUUUCUGUAAAAAAAACAAAAACAAAGAAACUAUCCACAACUUUGUUAUUGUAACCAUACAUGAGGAAAGUUUUAAUCUACCCAUUAUGAUUUAUCAAAUUUUCUUUUGUGUAAAUUAAACCAUUUUGAAAUUAUUUUGUGAAGUACUUUUGUCUUGUAAAAGAGUGGAGUUAUGUGAAUGUUUAUAAGUUGAAUUUACAGGAGGAAAUAGCAACUGUUGUUGAAAUGGCAAACAUUAAAUGAAGUUGACUGACGAUAUUUUGAAUAUGUUAAAUUUUAUUAUUAAUGUAUAUUUUAUGAGAAAUUUCUAAAGAGAAAAACCAGCAAGUAGAUACAUCAAGGCUCUCCCAAGGAUUUUUAAAACUUGAGACCCAGGACUCCUGGUUUUUGAAAAGGUUGAGUACGUCCUAGCUAAAUUUGAUGAGUCCCAAAACAAUUAGGCUGUGUUACUUUUUCAAAACAAAAUUUAUCGUAACAAGAAAUAGAUAAAUCACCAAGCAAUAUUUUCUGAAUACCUCAUAAGCAUAUCCAUGCGUACUGAAAAAAAUAAAUAGGUAUAAGUCUAUAAGAUAAGUUUCUUGUUACAGAGAAAAUUCAUGUUUAACUUUCGUUUCUCGACAGGAAGUUAUGAUUCAGUAUAAUACAGAUUGAUCCCAACAUCUAAAAUCUCCAAUUUUUGAAAAAAAUGCACGAAUUUCGCCGCUUUCCGGAAUGAGUCCACGAACGUGUGGUUUUAAAUGAUUGUCCCAGAUCAAUUUGCUGUGUCCCAUUAUGCAGAUUUUUAUGUUUAUGAGAACCCUGUUCACACUCUUUCACAACAUAAUGAACCUGUUCAAUUAUUUAGAAAAUAUAUUAAAAAAUUAAUUAAUUUUCAUAGAUCAUGCUGUUUGAAGGUGUUUCAAAAAACCCAUCUGAAUUGAUUUUUAUAUCACAAUGUAUAUGAUGAGAUAUCAGAAGUUCACCACCGGUUCAGAAAACCAUUUAUAAUAAUAAUUAUGAAUUUUAUGUUUACAUGUAUAUUUCUAUUAUAAAUGGAAUUUGAUGUUAAAUGAAAGAUGUUGGUAUUUA